AUGCAGAAUCGAGGCAUCUUCGUCGAAAACAGAGAGGGCAAGGAUCCCUGGACUGACAAGGGAGUUCCGGGCGAUUGGAUAACAGAGCUGAAAAUUGGCGAUCUUGGAGCGACGCGGUCUCUGGAGGAGGAUGAGGUUUUGAUCAAAGUAAAGGCAGUUGGCAUCUGCGGAUCAGAUGUUCAUUACUGGACUCAAGGCCGAGGAGCCCGAUUCGCAGUUGACAACAAAAUGGUUCUCGGCCACGAAGGCGCUGGCGAAAUCAUCCAAGUCGGAUCCAAAGUCAGCAACGUUGUCAAAGGCGAUCGCGUCGCUUUCGAACCCGGCUACGCGACUGGCGACGAUGAAUUGACGAAAAACGGGCGCUACAAUUUGAGCAAGGUGUUUUUCUGCGCCACGCCGCCGGACGACGGUUGUCUCUGCCAGUACUUCGUGCACAAGGCGAGCUGCUGCUACAAGAUGCCGGAAGAGAUGAGCUACGAGCUGGGCGCGAUGAUUGAGCCGCUUUCUGUUGGAAUUCACGCUGCUAAGCGAGCAAGAGUUGAACCUGGCCAGGAUGUGCUUAUUACUGGAGCUGGGCCGAUU